CGCGGAAGUGGUUUCUAACGUGACCUCAAAGGUAUGACAAUGAGCUGUUACAGUGCUGUAUAGUAAGAGACAGUGAUAUUUACAUGUAUUUGUUGCUCAAAUGGAUCCUAAUCUGUUGUACUGGAAAGGUCAUGGUCAGUCUUUCCUCAGCCGAAUACAAAUCUGGCUUAAUCUCCUCGAUCCAACCGUCUUAAUCGCCUCUAAUUCUGAAAUAGAGAAAGCUCACUCUCUGCUUGGAAAUGAAGAGAAAAGUGAAAAGGAUGCACCUGCUCUGACUCUUGCUCUUUCAUCUGUCCAUGCUGAUUCUGGAGCUGUUCUUCCUCUAGCCUUCCGCCCUCCAGCAUUAUUGCCAAUAUCAGCCCCUUUGGUGGUUGCCAGUUUUUUGCCUCACACUACUGUCAAACCAGCUCUGUUUUGGCAGUUUAUGCUGCAGAGUUACAUGGUUGGGUUUAACUAUGCGAAUAGAAAUUCUUCGUCAGAGCCGGGGAAGACGACGCAUUUGAAGCAGCUCAUUUUGACCGUUGCAACAGUGUCCUAUGCCACAUGUGCAGGGGCCCUUCCUCAAAUUUUCAUUAACCGACUCCGUAUAAAAAGUGUACCAGUCCAGACUUUCUUCAGGUCAAUAUUACCGGUGCCGCUCUCCGCUGCUCUGGCCCUCUUCAGUGUCUUCACUAUCAGGAGUGAGGAGUCAGAAACAGGGAUCCAAGUGUUUGAUUCCAAUGGAAAUCCAGUUGGCUUUUCUAAAGCAGCAGGAGAGAAGGCUGUGAGGGAAACUGCGUUGUCCAGAGCAGCGCUGUUUGGUACAACUGGUGCUGUUCCUAAUCUACUGCUUUUCCUUUUACGAAAAACAAGACUUUUUCAGAGGAACUCUCUGCUGGCCGCUGCUCUCCAUAACAUGAGCCUUGCAUUUGUUCUGGGCCUGAUGAUCCCCGUAUCGUUUAGUCUCUUUCCACAAUUGGGAACGAUAAAGAGAGAAACGUUAGAGGAGGAGCUACAAGCUGCAGCAGUGGACGGACAGUUAUUCUAUCACAGAGGAGUCUGAGGAGCAGUUGCAUGAAGUAAACACAAAAUGACCCCAAUUUAUUUACUUUUAAUAUUAGCAGAUAGGAAAUGUUAUCAUCAAUUCAUGAAAAUACAUCAAGCACUUGUGUGUAUUGCACUCUGAGUCUUAGUUGGCACAAAACCAUUGUCUUGGCAAUGUGGCUGAAAUUGUUCUCAACAAUAAAACAUUUCUGAUAUUGCAUUCA